ACCGUGGUGGUAGCACUUUCAUAUUUGCGCCAAUUCUUCUUCCGUUGCCGCGAAAGCUAUGCACUAGUGUUUUUGGAGUAAAUAUGCCAGCAAAAAGAAGCUUUGUGUUGAACAAUUUCAAGAAUUGGGGUGCGAAGAAACCUACAUGCAAGCACUGUUCGUCACAAAUCAGCUACAAUGGAGGAUCGGUGGGAAACCUCAAACGGCAUAUGAAAUUAAAGCACCCUUUUAUUCCUUGGCAAGGCUCAAUCCAUGACAAUGAAGACAACGAAGACGACACGCCAGUAGAGCAACCGAAUCAGACGCAGCCAUCGGCACAAAGUGAACACCUUUCGCAGAGGGAGUCGCAGCAACCGGUAAUUACAAAUUAUAUAUCAAAGCAGCCAACCACCAAAAAGGCGGAUAAAAUCAACCAUCAACUAGUCAAGAUGAUAGCUAAAGGCCAUCAUGCGCUGCGUUUAGUGGAAGAGCCGGAGAUGGUGAAAUUUGUCAGCAUGGUAUCACAGUGCGGCGGUUAUAAAUUACCCGCCAAGAAAACUUUGUCUCAAAGCUUGAUACCAAAAGUUUAUAAUGAUUUAGAAUCAGAAAUUAAAAGCCAAUUGCAAGAUACAUUUGCAGUUUGUCUCACAACCGACGGCUGGACGUCUUCUACCAACAUCAGUUACAUUGCUGUAACUGCUCAUUUUAUUGAUAAAAACACCACGCUUUGUUCUGCUCUCUUGUGCUGCAGAGAGCUUGAUUGUAGUCAUACUGGUGAAAAUUUAUAUGGGUUUUUAAAAGAAGUGACUGCGAAUUGGGGUAUCUCGAAUAAAGUCGCCGCCAUAGUUACCGACAACGCUGCAAAUGCAUUAAGUGGCGUAAGUAGCCAAGCUUUAAAAAAAUUAAAGGACUUUCAAGUAGAAACGCAAUUGCCUAUUUUAAAAUUGAAGAAAAGUGUGCCAACGCGAUGGAAAUCUACAUACGAUAUGUUGGCUCGUAUAAUAGAAGUUAAAGACGCUGUUAUGAGCACAAUUGCCAUUUUGAGACCCGAUCUUAUUAUAGACACCAUUGAAUGGGAGAUAAUAGAAGGAUCUUUACCAUUACUUAAGCCUUUUUAUGGCAUCACUACGGGAAUCUCUUCUGAAAUAGAUGUGACGCUAUCUAAAGUUAUCGUUUUUAUCAAUCUUAUUCAAAGAUCUUUGAGGCAGGGUUUUAGAGAACCAAAUGCGUGUGAUACUGCUAUUCAAAGCCUUAAAAAUAAGAUUGUACAGACGGAUUAUUCUCAAACUGAAACAAAAGUUGUGAUUCCCGAUUCGCAGGCGCAAGCUGUUAACAAUAUUUGGUACGAUUACGACAAAGAUGUCAGAAAUAUUGUAAAGCCUCAGAACAAAACUGUAGCUGCGAUUGUAGAAGUGAAUAGAUAUUUGAGUGAACCCUAUUUAGAUCGCAACCAUAAUCCACUGGAAUGGUGGCAUGUGCGCAAGGAAACAUAUCCCAAUCUAUACAGGCAUAUUUUGAAAAGAUUUUGUAUAGUGGCUACAUCGGUGCCUUGCGAAAGG